AAACGCAUGUAAAAACAAAAGCGAUGGGCAGAGCCCAUUCCUGCAGCCCCACCACACAUAAACCAAUCACCGCUCUGAGAAUUCAGGGGCAUUGAGUUUAUUAGCAGCCAUAGAUGGUAACUCAAGAGAUUCUAAUUAUUACUCGUUCCUGAACUCUCGCUCUCUCUGAGUGGUGUGGUUGGUCUUGUUGGUUCUCCUAUUCAGGAAUUCAUAUACAUGGUUUAUCUCUUUCUGUAGUGGCUCUCCUAUGAGAAGGUCUGACGUUGAAAUGGUGUAUUUUUUAGAAGAACACCUGUGAAGUUGUGGUUAUUGCGGUGGUUUGAAGCCUAAGGUUAGAUGCCUUUCCCUGAUGAAAAGAGUAGUGGAAAGCGAUAGCUGUUGUGCAAUAUCAAUAUGCAGGCUUUAAAAGUUGGUUGGACAUGGAAAACAUUUGCCUUGGCUUCAUCACAUGAGUCCGAUAAGAAAAAGCCUCGCAGUCGCAAAACUAGAGAGGAGAGAAAGGCUUUGGUUGAGUCCUUCAUAACAACAUAUAGAAGUUCAAACAAUGGCAAUUUCCCCUCUCUCAGCCUUACACAGAAGGAAGUAGGAGGGUCUUUUUACACUGUACGGGAAAUCAUGAAGGAAAUAAUGCAAGGCCAUGAAACCUCCAGUGCUUCCGUUUUAGCAUUGGAGGAUGAAGCUCUUAACAGAAGUCUCCCCCAAAAGGAAGAACUGAACCUUGCCACUUUGUCAUCUGCUGAUAUCUAUGGAAUAGGAAAUGAACAAGGUUCCUUUAUUCCAAAUAAUGAUUAUCAAAAGAUUCAAAAUUAUGCGGGGAGUUCUGAACUUUCAGCAGGCUGCAAAUCUCAGGAAGAAGGCAGUGAAAUUGAGAAAUCUUUUUCCCUGAAUGCAUCUUUGUCUAAUUUGGAAAGUUACACCUUAAUUAAACCAGUGCCUGCAUCUGACCAACAAGAGCAACUUCAAUCAUGUGUUGGUGAAUUCAAUGAAAAUAGUGAUGAAGCAGAUAAAUCUGUUGUCAAUGUGGAACCAUCAGACCCUGAGGAGGUGAAAUUAGAAAACAUUGAAUCAUUUUCUCCUACUGUUGAUGAUCCUGGUGACAAGUGCAUAAACUUACCAAGCUCUAUUGAGAAUGCCGAUCCCUUGUUGAGCAGCCAUGACAAUAAGUGGAGUCUCGAAGCAUAUGAUGGUCCUAAGGAAGGUCGAACACUUCAAGAUGGUGAAAUACCCAAGGGAGCACACGUGAGUGUUGGGAGCAAUUCCAUUCUUGAACAAUUUGAAGAAUCAUGCUUGGGUGAGUUGAUGGCCUCUGAUACAAUCACACAAGUGGAAGGCCGAGCUGAGAACUUUGAUGACAACAAGAACCCUAAUCUUGAAUAUGAUUCCUCUUCCAAUUCAGGAGUAGGAGACAGUCAAUCUGAAGAUGGGACCCUAGAUGAUGUAUUAGCUGUCAAUGGUGCAAUUAGGACGUCUGACCCAAUGGUCCCAAUGCAAGCUUCUGCAGCAUCAGCUGCAAGACUGGAUGGCUUUUCAGAUGGGGCUUCUGUGGGAGCGAAAGAGCUAAUAUCACAAAGUGUUGCAUCUGUGCCAGUUGACAUAUCAACUAAUGAUGAAACCCACUCCUCAAAAACCAUUUCCUUGUCUUCCAAUUGUAAGCAAGAGAACACAUCCCUUGAAAGUCUAAUAUGUGAAAAUUCAGAUUCUACUCUUUCUAGAACUUCAGAAAAUGACUCACUGGAUUCCCAAUUAAACAGUCUGCAAGAAGAUGAGGAUCUUCAAGUUGUUACUUGUCGCAAUGAUGGCUCAUCAUCUCAAAAUGUGGAUGAUCCUUUGCUUGUUCCGGCGCUCAAGUCGGAAGUUGGAGCUAGUAACAGCGUAAAAGUAGCAGAUGCCAUCAGUGACAGGGAUGCUAGCAAUAAAAAAGUCUUGGAAGAUGCUCUGAGAGGAAGUGCUGAGGGAUUUGGUGCUGAAGCAGGCGUUAUGUCUGGCAGCAGCUCUAGUAAUACAGAAUCAAGUAAACGAUCUUCUUCAGAGAGGAAGCUUGUGGUAAGAAGAAAGGGAAAGGAAGUGACUAACCCAUUAUGGGCAGUGAUGAAGGCUUUCCUCAGUGCCUUCAUCAAGUUUUGGACGGAGUGAUGCAGGUGUCCUCAAAACAUUGGCACUAAAAGAGAAGCUUUUGCUUUUUAAUUCUUUUGAAAAUGAGGGCAAAUAGUGAGUGUUGUUUUCUACUCGUUGUGCUUGAUAUCUUCCAUGUAGUUGAUGCUCAUGAGCUCUUCGUUAGAGGCAAUACUAUUCUUCUUGGUUGCUGAUGGCUUUAA